CUAAGCCACAAAGCCACUUUCAGACCACAAAACCGUUCUUUUGUCGAUAGUGAUUGACAUGCAGGAAGCCAAUCAGCAUUCGCUGAGCAGCAAACAGUAGCCAAUCAGCAUUCGCUGAGCCACAAACAGGCAAAUAUCCCGCCCUUGGCGCGCAGUGUAUGGAGUGGAUGAGUAUGAAUCGGGUCGCUGACUAACGCCAAACUUUGCCGUUUUCUACUUCUGUUACGGGUGUUGUGCGUCUUUUCAAAACGAAUGAGAUUGCGUGAACACUUUGUGUGAAGUGAAGAUGAUGAACUACUAAAAGCUGGAAGUACCCGAGUAUUUUCAACUGUAUUUUCAACUGCACUCGGUGUGGAAAGAGAAUGGUUGGGAUGCGAAAUAGCCGCAAGAUUCACAAGAUGAGCCACGCUGGAAAGAAACCAGACACAUGCACUCAAUGUGGGAAGAGUUUCACAUGUGCAUCACACCUUGAUAAACACAUGAGGAUCCACACCGGAGAGAAACCCUUCACAUGCGCUGAAUGUGGGAAGAGUUUCAGACAAUUAAUACACCUUAAUCUACACAUGCGGAUCCACACCGGAGAGAGACCAUACGCAUGCACCCAGUGUGAUAAGAGUUUCGCACAUCCAUCGAACCUUAAUACACACAGGAGCACUCACACCGGAGACAAACCAUUCACAUGCACUCAAUGUGGGAAGAGUUUCAUACGAUCGUCAAACCUUAAUCAGCACAUGAUGAUACACACCGGAGAGAAACCAUUCACGUGCGCUCAAUGUGGGAAGAGUUUCACACGAUCAUUAAACCUUAAUCAGCACAUGAGGAUACACACCGGAGAGAAACCAUUCACUUGCGCUCAAUGUGGGAAGAGUUUCAGACUAUUAUCAAGCCUUAAUCGACACUUGAUUAUCCACACUGGAGAGAAACCAUUCCCAUGUGCUCAGUGUUUUAAGAGUUUCGCACAUUUAACCAACCUUAAUAAACACAUGAAGAUCCACACCGGAGAGAAGCCAAUCGCAUGCACUCAAUGUGGGAAGAGUUUCCGACUAUUAUCACAACUUAAUCUACACAUGAGGAGCCACACUGGAGAGAAACCAUUCGCAUGUACCCAGUGUGACAAGCGAUUCUCACGUCUAUCACACCUUGAUCAACACAUGAGGAUUCACACCGGAGAGAAACCAUUCACAUGCGCUCAAUGCGGGACGAGUUUCAGACAGUUAUCGCAGAUUAAUGUACACAUGCGGAUUCACACUGGAGAGAAGCCAUUCAUGUGUACCCAGUGUGGUAAGGGUUUUGCAGACCCCUCAUCAGUGAAUAAACACAUGACGACCCACACUGGAGAGAAAACACACAAGUGUGACCAAUGCGGUAGGUCAUUUUCAAGGAGUUCAGUUCUGAAGAUCCAUCUAAGAACUCAUACAAAGGAGAAACCGUAUUCAUGUUCAGUGUGUGGAAAGAGUUUUACAGCGCUGUCUGGGUUUUGGCAUCAUCAGAAGAUGCACACUGGUGUGCGAGAGUAUUACUGCUUCGAGUGUAAGAAGACUUUCAUCACCGCUGAAAACUUGAAACAGCACCAAAGGAUUCACACUGGAGAGAGACCGUACAAGUGUUCGCACUGCGACAAGAGAUUCACUCGAUCAGGACAUCUGAAAGCACAUGAGAGUAUUCACUCUGGAGAGAAGCCAUACGCGUGUUCACACUGCAAGAAGAGAUUCAGUCGGAAAGAAUACCUGAAGGCUCAUCAGAGGAUUCACUGAGCAGUUUGCUAGUCUGACUUGCAUAACUUGUGGUGUGAUGAGACGCUUGCUCCAUGAGAACGAGACGAGAUUUUGUACAAAAUUUUCAGUAAAUCUUCAAUAAUGAAUUAAACGAAUUAAAAUAUUCUAUUCAAGAGUU